AUGGCAGUUGGAAAAAAAUACAGAGAAAAAUCUGAAAUCUAUUGGUGGUAUUUUCAAGUUGCAGCAGUGUUAACUCUGGUCUCUCUAGUCAUAUGGCGUACUCUAAUCCCGAGUUCUCCCACUUUCACCAUUGCAGGUUUCCAUGUUCUUCCUUCUGAUACCAAGAAUUCUACGACGACAGAUCAUCACAACAGUACUUCUAUCAGGUUAGGCAUCGAAAUCUUGAAUCCCAACAAAGGUAUGAGCAUAUACUACAACGACAUCUACUUCACUAUGAACUACAACAAUGGAAUUGUUGUUGCAAAGAAUUCCACCCCGGGCUUCUAUCAGCCGUGCAAGAAUGAUACUAUGAGGGCAGUGGAAAUGAAAGCUGACCUGCAGUUUUUGCAGCAGAUUAUUACAGGUGGGAAUGUAAGUUUCAAGAUUGGAUUGGAGACGAAGGUUCAGUAUAUGUAUAGGAUAUUCAAGUGGAAAACAAAGCAUCAUAAGAUGGAUUAUGAAGCUUAUGUAUACAAUGUGACAGUUAGUGUUAAUGGAACUGAUUUAGGACAGAACGGCACUGUCUUUAAGAAAAAGUUUUGA